CGUACAUAUUUGGAUAUGGCCCGGCUCUUAGGUCAUGAACUUCCUAAAUACCUAAUAUAGAACAGCUCAAUCCUCGAUAGACUAUAAUCCCUCUACAAUCAAUUGGCUCCUCUGCCACUGUCUGUCGACCAUGGCGACAAAGCUCUGCCGAAGCAGAGCCCUCGCCUCAGCUCUGCGACCUGCGAAACCCUCGUUACAAUCGUUACCAUCUCGUACCGAGCAGCAAGUCGCCAUUCGAUGCAUCUCUGCGACCGCUCGUCAAAAUGUCGCUCUGCCUAAGGAUGCUCCGAAUAUGAGGCAUGCGCCGCGAGAACACCCCAAGGAACUCAAGGCGCCUAUCGUCAACCCUGCAGACAAGUACUCCACCAAAGCCGAAAACCUCCACCGGUACGGAGCUUGGCUUAUGGGCUGCUUGCCCAAGUACAUCCAGCAGUUCUCCGUGUGGAAGGAUGAACUAGUUAUCUACAUCCCUCCCGCCGGCGUCAUACCCGUCCUCUCAUUCCUCAAGUACAAUACGGCUGCCGAAUUCACUCAGAUGACCACUGUUACAGCCGUCGACUUCCCAACUAGAGACCAACGAUUCGAGAUUGUCUACAACCUACUGAGCGUAAGACAUAACGCACGAAUCCGAGUCAAGACGUACGCCGACGAGGCUACGCCGGUGCCGAGUGCCACCCCUCUAUUCGACGGCGCCAACUGGUACGAGCGAGAAGUCUUCGACCUGUUUGGCGUCUUCUUCGUCAACCACCCGGAUCUACGCCGAAUCAUGACCGACUAUGGUUUUGAAGGCCACCCUCUGCGGAAGGAUUUCCCGCUGACGGGAUACACCGAGAUCCGAUACGACGAAGAGAAGAAGCGCAUCGUCACCGAGCCGUUAGAGCUGACGCAAGCCUUCCGUAACUUCGAGGGAGGCUCAACAGCCUGGGAACCUGUUGGUCCUGGUGACGACCGCAAGCCCGAGACUUUCAAACUACCCACACCUAAGCCUGAAGAGAAGAAAGAGGAGCCUAAGAAAUAGAUGCCAGUUAGGCGGCUUGUACAUAACUGUGACGCAAUUGACGCUGUUACCAUUUGGCACUCUAGCCAUACUAUUAUCUAGAUCAAAAGAGCAUUGACCAAAGCACAGGUGCAUUACGAUUGGGCUGUGGUAGGUCAGGAAUGUAAACUUUACUAAUAGGCGCUGUUAUUACAGUUAAGAUGGUGUAUCUCCAGUCUUGCGAUUACUUUCCUAUAAACCCUCGUAUCUACGUCUCACAUUGUUCGAUACUACUCUGCUCUUCUCCUCUAACACUGCCCUGCGUCUUAGCCGCAUUAGCCAUCGACGUCCUCACCGUCCCGGUCUGCUGGCCGGUAGUAGCCUCAGCCUUCUUACUUCCCUGAGGACUUCCCUUCUUACGUCCCUGAGGACUUCCCUGAGGGCUUCCCUGAGGGCUUCCCUGGGGACUUCCCUGAGGCUGGUCCGCGGAUCGAGAGGUGGGAUCCUCGUUUAACC